AUGGAUCCAGUCAGCGGUGCAGCUUUAGUGAUCACACUUAUUGACGUGGUCAUAAAGACAUUCAAACUAAUCAAGAGCCUCACGCAAUCCUACGAAAAUGCCCCAGCAGAAAUUCAAGAUCUUCGACAUCGACUGGAGGGGUUGACAAGCCACCUGCUUUUGCUUCGCCAGGUGCAAAAGAUAGUUUCUACUGAGCAAAACGCCCUUGAUCUUGAUUCAAUUGAACUUGACCACCUCAAACGGUCUUUGGACUCAACCCGAGUCAUAUUCGCCGAAAUAUUUUCUUUCCUAAAGAUAAAGACCUCAAAACUUGGAUGCUCUGCUCGUAUUAGAUGGGCAGUCUGUGAUGCAUCGAAAGUUAAAGCUUGGGAAUUACGGCUCCACCGUCACGAAGAACUUCUUCAAACCACUUUGCUCCUGCUCAACAGAUCAGAACACUAUCGAUACUCAAGUCUCUUCGAAGAUGAAUUCAAUGCAGCGAAGGAGGCCCUUAGGCUGCAGACUUAUCAACUUAACACACUCAUGUCCAAAAGUGGGGCACUGGCUCGCUUCUCCUGGGCUCGAAGCGUUUUCGGACCAGACUGGGAAUUGCCAUAUGUUGCAAGAGUGAAUGGAUCCAUAUCUUGUUCCGAGGGCUCUUGCCACCAAUCAUAUGGGGUUUCAUUGAGGCUUCAUGCGCUUUUCUGCCUCAAGGCUGUCUGCUUUGAGAUGAGAUUAAAGCGGCAAUCUCUCUUCUCUUUCGAAAUUUCCGCAAUUGGAACAGGUGUAGUACUCAAGAAUGUCAUCCCAGCGGACUCUAUUAUUAUGGUUGCCUCUCAGUCAGGGAACACAUCAGUUGCAAGCGUGAACGAUAUCACACCUGACAACUUUUCGCCUCUCUCUUAUGCAAUCGCUGGUGGUUCUCUAGAUGUUCUGUCAUUUCUAGUCAGUAAAGGUGCCGACACCAGGAAAACCUUCGGUCGCUCUCAAACAGAUCCGCUAGAUUGGGCAUUGGCACAUCGUCAGUACGCUGUUGCGCGAUGGCUAUUGGAAAAUGGCGCGGAUGUCCAUCAUAUCAGUGCGAGGGGAUGGACGCCAUUAUUCAGUCUAUUUGGAGCACAACCAUGCCACAGCGGUCCGUGUGGAGAGUUUCUGGAAUUAUUUUCAGCGGCAUGUUUCGAUGACUUCAACGCUCAAGACCGAGACGGGUGGACUAUCAUGCAUCGUGCAGCUGCGUUUGGAAAUGCAGAGCACAUCAAGUGUUGA